CAUGCGCAGAAAGCCCCGUCACCUGCUGGAAAUCAGAGGCGAACAAGGAAGUCUAGCACCGAGAACUGGAUGUCAGUUUAAAAAACUAAAUACAUCUCCGCCGGAUAGAGGUCAUCUACUCGCCAGUUGUUUGCUACAUUGGCGUGACAAGAUGUUCAAAAAACUUAAGCAGAGAAUAAACGAGGAGCAGUCACCGCAGAGGAAUGCGCAGUCACCACAGCAGGCCCAGAUGGGCAGUGGAGAACGGCGCAGCAGCCAGACCCUCGCGUUUCAGCAGGACGGCACACCCUCUCCCAGUGACAGAGAGAUGCUGGCCGGGAUGAUAGCAGAGCCCGCUUUUCUCUCUGAAUAUACUAUCUUUGCUCUGGACCAUUCAAAACGACCCCAAACGGCCCAGGUAGCCAGUGUGAGUGCCCUUAAAGGUCCAGCAAGAUCUCCCAGAGGCAGCAUAAAUGGGGAUGGAAGUGUUUCUCCUCAUAAAGAGGAGACGCAGUCAUUUGCCCAGAAACUGCAGUUGAAAGUUCCUUCAAUGGAGUCGUUGAUUCGUGGCGGUGCCAGUCGGGCAGAAAACCUGUUCCGCUCUCCCUCUAAAGAAAACCUGGUCCGAAGUCCAUCGCGUGACUCACUGACACCUUUGGGAGAAAAUGAGUCUCCAGGCGCCCCCUCAUAUGAUCCCCCCUCAGAUAUUGAGAGUGAAGCUGAGGAGCUACCAGGGAGUGCAGAGUCCCUUUCCAAAGAGCAGCUGUUGCACCGACUGCUGAGAGUAGAGAGGAGUCUGGGGAAGUACAGGGGGAAGUACUCCGAGCUGGUUACUGCAUACCGAACAGUUCAGCGAGAUAAAGAAAAAACGCAGGCCAUCUUGAGUCAAAGUCAAGAUAAAGCUCUUCGCAGGAUUGGGGAGCUGCGGGAGGAGCUUCAAAUGGACCAGCAGGCCAAGAAACACCUACAGGACGAGUUUGAUGCUGCACUGGAGGAGAAAGAUCAGAUGAUCACUGUACUCCAAACACAGGUUGCUCUGUUGAAGAAACGAGUCAAAGGUCAAGUGUCUGACGGUUCUUUGCCACCAGAAGUUGAUGUCCCUAAACCUGAAGAUGCUUCAGACUCUUCUCCACAGAGUCCUUUGAAAGAGGAAGGAAUAGAGCCUGAAGUCAGUGAGGGAGAGGGCAACAGUGAUCCAACCAAACUGAUGGAGGCUCUGCAGAAGAGAGUGAAGAGGCAGGAAAACCUGCUGCAGAAGUGCAAAGAAGUGAUGCGUACGCACAAGGAGCGAAGCGCCCAGCUGGCCACUGAGAAUGAAACUCUGCAGGAGCAGCUGCAGGAGAGACUGCAGGAGCUGGAGAAGAUAAAGGAACUACACACAGCAGAAAAGACUAAGCUGAUCACUCAGCUGCGUGAUGCCAAGAACCUCAUUGAACAGCUGGAGCAAGACAAGGGAAUGGUCAUUGCUGAGACAAAGCGCCAGAUGCAUGAAACACUUGAAAUGAAAGAAGAUGAGAUUGCACAGCUGCGCUCCAGGCUUCAGCAGGCUACUGCCCAAAAAGAAGAAUUACAGGACCAGAAAGAAAAGGCUGAGAAAUCAGCAUUUGAGGAACUUGAACGGGCACUGGGUGUAGCUCAGAGAGCAGAGGAGGCCCGAAAACAGCUGCAGGUUCAGCUGGAGGAGCAAGUGAAAGAAGUUGAAAGGGCCAGUGAAGAAGAGAGGAAGAGUCUGCAGCAGGAAUUGACGCGAGUAAAACAGGAGGUUGUCACCAUCAUGAAGAAAUCAUCAGAGGAAACGGUGGCCAAUCUGGAAAAACUCCACAGUGAAGCUUUGGCUGCUAAAGAGGAAGAGAUAAGCGCCAGAAUCAACAAAGCUGUGGAGCAAUGCAAAGAGGAGUUUGCUCAGUUAGUCAAAGAGCGAGAACAGCAAGCUUCUCUGGCACUGGAGGAUGUAGAGUUACAGAAGACAGCUGUUAGGACAGAUGCUGAUAACAGGGUUAAAGAGAUACAGUUGGAGCUGGAGGCUGCAAGAACUAGAAUAAUGGAGCUGGAGAGCUCUCUGGGGAAGAUCUCGCAAGAUGAAUUAAGUUUGUCCCAACUUUCCAGUCAGUUGGAUGAGCUGAAGGAUAAACAUAAAGAUCAAAUCUCUGCAUUAGAGGAAAAGCACCAGGAGGAGCUGGAAAAGCACAAGGGCACCCUAACCCAGCAGCAUAAUGCUGCUCUUGAGGAUCUCAAGGAAAAACACCGAGUUGAGCUGGAGACCCUUCUGAAAGAUAAAGAACUGCAGUUCCAAGCACAUGUUGAAGACAUGAACCAGAAAACUUUAGAGAAGCUGGCUGCAAAGCAAACAGAACUAGAGGCAGUUUCCACUGAACUUUCUGAGGCUCUAAAGAAUCAAAAGCUUGUGGAGGAGAAGUUGGUGGCCGCUGAAGAUGCGCAACAGUUAGCUCAGCAGGAACAUGAGAAGAGCUUUCAAGAUCAGGAGGCAAAGCACAAUGUAGAACUUGCAAAUAUUAAACAGGAGCAUGAGCAGUCUCUUGGAGAUAAAGAGAAAACUCUGCAAGAGGAACUUAAAGCGUUGAAGAUUGUUCUGGAAGAAAAGCAAAAGGAAAACGAAGAACACACAGUUAGACAUAAAACAUUACAAGAGGAAUCACAAGAAUUAAAUGUCAAGGUUAAGAAAUUUGAGGAGCUUCAACAGAGUUUAUCACAAUCCCAGAUGGAAAAUGAGGGCCUUAAGGAAUCUGCUGCACACUUAAGUAAGAUCUCAGAGGAGCUUGAUCUUUGUAAGAAGGAUUUGACAGAUUUAAAGCAUCAGCUGGAAGUAGCAAAGAGUGACUGUCAGCAGAAAGAGAAGUCACUUCAAGAAUUAGAGGACCAAUUACAUCAGAGCAGAAGAGAGCUGUCCGAACAAGAGAAGUCAUUUACUGCAGAGCUGAACACUAAGCAGGAAGAACAAACACGCCUCAAGAGACAGCUGGAUGACGAAAAAGCGGCCCAUGAGAAGAAGAUGAAAACCACUAUAGCUGAGAUGGACACUAAGCUGAAAACACAGGAAACAAAAAUGGAAAAGUUUAAACAGAAGGCCAAAGACAUGCAUGAGAGCUUUAAGAAAAAGCUUCAGCAGAAUGAAGAAAACAUGAAAAAUGAACUUGCAAAGAAGGAGAAAGAGCUCCAGCAGAAAGAACAGCAAGUUCAGGAGAAAAUCGUAGAGAUGGCCCAGAAAAGUUCCCAAGGCCUCAGCAGUGCACUGUCGGAGCUACAAGCCAAUCACAAAGAAGAACUGGAGAAAUUACUUGGUGCCCACAAGCAGGAGAUUGAGGUGCUGGAGCGUCGUUGGCAGGAGAGGUUAGGACAACAGGAGGAAGAAUUAACAGAGAGACACUCGCACAUACUACAGGAGAAGGCUCAGGAGCUGGAGGACAUUUCUCUGCAACUUAGCAAAGGCAAAGAGGAGAAUGAGCAAGUGUUGUGUGAGAUGAAGAGUUUGAAGGAAGACCUGGUGAUUCGAGAAACCACGGUGCAGAAGCUGCAAGAAGAGCUUAAUGAAGCGGCAGUUAAGCUUGAAAGUUUGUCCCAGGCGGAGGCGUUGCUCAAAGAGCAAAUGGAGUCAGUGGAGAGGAACCUUAACCAGGCUAUGAAUGAGAGGAACUCCCUCCAGGACCAGCUUAAUGCGACAAAUGAAGAGAACAGAGACAAGUUAAAGAUCUUGUCGGAUAAGUUGGAGGAAACAGAGACGCAGCUCAAAGCACUAGAAGGGUCCAGAUCUAAGGAGAGUGAGGAGUUUCAGAAUAAAUUUGAGGAAAAUGUCAUUCACCUACAAGCCGUUAUCAGUACUAAAGAAGAAAAAAUUUGCACUUUAGAGGAGACUCUCCGUCAGCAGACGGAAGAGAAUAAGAAUCUAUGCAUUUCAUUAGAACAGAUGACUGCUCAGGUAAAUGCUCAAACAGAGCAUGUCAAAGCCUUAACACAUGACAACGAGAAUCAUUCUCAGUCUCUCAGUGAGAAAGUUCAUAAAAUUGAAGAGCUGACUGAAGCAAACAAAAUCAUAUCAGAGAGUAUGAAAGCAAAUGAUUCGCAUAUCAGUAACUUGGAAGGCAUGAUCACUGACUUGAAAAAUCAGCUCGCAAGUAGCAUAAAAGAGAAGGAGGAAGCCAUAAAUCAGCUGAAAACGCAGUAUGCAGAGGAGAGACAACAGGUUGCAGAGACGAUUGAGAGAUUAGAGCAGGAGAGAAAAUCUGCCUUAGAGCAGGCGGAUGUACUCAGGACCAGUAUGUCUGAGUAUGAGAACAAAGCAAAGACCCAGCUGACCCAGAAUGACAACACUAUCACAUCUUUACAGACCAGGCUUGAAGAGCUUGAGCGAGAAAUCUCUGAAAAGAGUGAAGCACUACAAAGACUGACUGCAAGUAUUGACAAUCAGGCCAUCAGUAAGUCCGAGAUGGACCAAGUGUUGAAUGAGAAAGAGCAGAAGCUCAGCGGACUUACCUCAGAGCUGGAGAGUUGCAUCAAUCAACUUGGUGAGCUUCAGGAGCAGUUAGCCUUAAAGACAAGAGAGUGUGAACAGCUCGCAGCUGACCUCAAGCAGCAACACAGCAUCAGGGAGAAUGAAAAGAGAGAGUUAGUAGAGCAGCUGCAGCAGACCCAGAUGCAGUGUGCUCAAAACAGUAAUUUGGAGCAGGAGAUGGUAGAAAAACUCCGCUUCCUUGAGGAAGAGAAUCAAAAGUGUAAAGACAAGCUUGAGAGUCAAAGGGAGGAGUUUGAAAAGAUGAAAGAUGAGAUUAUUAAGAGCAAAGAGGAGAGUCUGAAGGCAACUGAAGAGAAGUUGUCUGCUGAUAGUGCUCGAAAAGUAUCAGAGCUGAAGAAGAAAGCUGAGCAGAAAAUCGGUCAGAUUAAGAAACAGCUAACCUUGCAGCUUGAGGAAAAAGAGCAGAUGAUCAGUGCUCUUCAGACCAGCCUGGAUGAGAUGAAGAGUAAAGAAACGUCCAGCGAACAGCAUGCAGAAACGUUAGAGGAAAAAACAAAAGCACUUGAGGACUCUCUCGACAAGCUGAAGGAGGAGCAGGUGAAGCAACUUGAACAGGUUCUGAGUAAUGAGAGGCUUGAGAAAGAAAAGUCUUUGGAGGAGCUGAAAAACGCAUACGAAGAGAAGCUGUCCUCACUUCAGAGGGAUGUAGCACACCAAGAGGAGCUCAAAGAAACUGAAUCAGCGCUACGCGAAAUUGAAGCAAAGCUGAAAGAAGCAGAAGAGCAGAAUGGAAACCUUGUCAAAGAAAUAAAUAGAUUAAAAGAAGAAAUACGUGAGAAAGACGCUCAGAUCGAUCAACAUCAGGCGAUGCAGGUCCAGUAUUCAUCACGGCCUGGGGCUGAGGUGAUGGUGGAACGUAGCAGCAUGCAGCAAACUGAGAGCACGAUGGAAAACCACUCUCCACUGGACGAAGUGGACAGUGAUUCUGUAGAGUCUCUCAAGAACAGUAUGAGUCAGGUGAAGAAUGAGAAAGAGAAAAUUCAGAAGGACUUUACCAGGCUACAGAAAGACAUACGAAUAUUGAGGAAGGAGCAUGAGCAGGACCUAGAACAUAUGAAGAAAGAGUUGUUGGAGGAAAAUGAGAAAAAGCUAAAACUGGAUAUGGAAGAUCUGGAAAUGAAGCACAAUUCUGCUAUCAAGCAGUUAAUGAGGGAAUUCAACACACAAAUGGCGCUGAAAGAGAAGGAGCUCGACACAGCAGUGAAGGAGACCAUCGUGAAGGCCCAGGAUGUGGAAGCAGAUCUCAUCAGUAGUCACCGUGAAGAAGUCAGUCAGCUGAGGAAGCUGGUUGCCCAGAAGGAGGACGAUUUGCACAGAACUGUUCAGAAAUAUGAACAGAUUAUACAGAGUCGAGAGGAGGAGAUGGGAGACAGAGUGUGGCAGGUCCAAAAGGAACUGGAGGAGUUGCAAGGAAGGAGCUGUGGCGCUAAUGAGAUGAGCACAGAAGAACUGCAGGCUCAGCUGGCGGAGAAGACGACUUUGCUGAGCGAGGCUCGGCUGAAGGAGCAGGGCUUUGUUGAGAGGAUUCACUCGCUUGAGGAUAAGAUUAAAUGUUUCCACCGAAGCACUGUUGUAACUCAUCUCGGGAGCACAUUCAAAGAUCCUGGAUUCAACAGCAGCGAUGCCCUCUCAGAAGCCACUGAGAUGGAGUACCUGAGGAAGGUGCUGUUUGAAUACAUGAUGGGACGGGAAACAAAAACGAUGGCCAAAGUGAUUACCUCCAUGCUCAAGUUUCCUCCAGACCAAGCUCAAAAGGUUUUGGAAAAAGAAGACUCAAAAACUAUUCCCUGGUUACGAUGAGUGUCUGAAUGAUUCGUGUACUUUUGGAUGAAAAUCUGCUGCUGCUGCUGAAGGGGAUGACUGCCAUGGAUUCAAUGAAGCCCUUCUCUGGUUUUUUCAUGUCAUUUUAAUGCAUAUGUAUGUUUGGGUGUUUGCAUGUGUUUGAGCACAUGCUGGGACAUAGGUGUGUGUGUGUGUGCGUGUGUGGUGCAGUAUGUGUGAAUCUGUGUAAAGGUAUGAGGGAAUUAGAGAAUAUGCCAGAAACACAAAUCUUCCAUGAAUCCUAAAAUUACAUUUGUUAAUUUAUAUGUUUUAGAUUGAGUCAAUUAUUUUCUUUUUAUUUUAGAGUGUGUUUAUACAGAUUGGCUUGUGCAAUAAAUGAUAUCAUUAUCAUGUACUGACGCUGACAUGUCAGUUGAUUUUUAGGUUACUGUGUUGUGCUGCUGUCUGAAUCACUUCCUGUGUAAAAGUGUAAACGACCCUUUAACUGUGCACUCGCGCCACAUGACGAUAUAUUGCCCUCUGGACCUUGUUUGUUUAACACAGCUUUUCUAUGCUUUAUAUUUUGUCACUGAGUCUGACAUAGAAACACAAAACAAACUGUAAAUUGUACUCUAAUAAGUAAACCUGUACUAUAGGGCACUAUAUGACUUGCUAUACAUUUUCAGAUUAACGGAUUAAAUCUUAUUUACAGAAGA